CUUUUUCUCCUUUUUUCAUAACUUCUUUAGAAGGAGCCUGGAAAGAACGAGGUCUUUGCUUCGUAACUGUUACCUUCCCCAUUUCCCACUCGACUCGAGCGCAUAAUACACAUCACUCAAUAACGCAAUUGGUAACGGAAACAAUGACUGUUGAGAGCGACAAUACGCUACUUCCUGGAGUUAAGAAGGUCGAGCUUCUUAAAAAAGUAUGGAGUGCACUGGACAUGUGGAUUAUAUUCAGCGGCCUUAUUUUACUGUCAUUCUCCAGUAGUUGGGAAUCCAACCUGUCGUUCACACUACUUACAUAUGUUACCAGUUUAUUUGAGGCGAACAAUUACAUGAGUAUCCUCAGCACUGUCACAUACAUUCUGCAAUCGGUACUGUUUCCUUCGUACAGUAAGCUUUCGGAUUUAGUCGGUCGUGUUGAGGUGUUCAGCAUGUGUAUGGUGUUCUACAUCCUCUCUUACAUCGUCAUGGCUACUGCACAAAGCUUUGCUGCUAUAGUGGGCGGACAAAUUUUGUAUACUUUUGGCUAUUCCGGCGUUAUGAUCCUCGGCCCCAUUCUAGUUGGAGAUAUGACCAACGUCGUUACUCGUGGCUUUUAUCAAGGAUUAUACAGUCUACCUCAACUCAUCAAUCUGUUUGUCCCAACGAUUGUUGGUCAGUCCCUCAUUGAUCAGGGCCGAUGGCGCUGGGCUUAUGGACACCUUCCUUUGGUCCUGCUGGUCGCCAAUCUUCCAUUGGUGUAUGGUCUUUGGAUUGUUCAACGCAAGAUUUUCAAGGAAGGGUUGUACUUGGAAUAUAAACAAGCUCGUCGCCGGCAAGAUAACCAUCGAUCUAUCCUGGAAAGCAUCAAGCACUAUCUCGUUGCCAUUGACUUUGUCGGCUGUAUUCUGCUCGUCGGUUCACUUACAAUGACAUUGCUUCCCUUGGUGCUUGCUUUGUAUACUUGGGGAGGUUGGGGAAAUUCCCGAGUCAUUGGUACUAUUUGUGGUGGUGGUGUCUGCUGGGUCCUCCUCGGCAUCUGGGAAUGGAAGUUUGCGACUAAGCCAUUGAUCCCUAUGGGCAGCUGGCCAAACCGUACUCCUAUUUGGGGUGUUCUUGCUACAUCCACAGUUACUAUUAUUUCAUCCACCGAAUGGCAGUACCUGAUUACUUAUUUUCAAGUCACUCGAAGAAUCGACAAUGCACAUGCAGUUUUGCUAGGUAGAGGUUAUAAUGUUGCCUACAUUGUCGUUCAACUCGUGAUUGGCUGGCUUAUGAUGAAGACUCGUGUUUGGAGACCGUAUGUGUGGGCUGGUAUUUCUUUGAUGAUUCUCGGUGUCGGUUUACUGUAUGCUGCUCGUUGGCCCUCUUCUUCCGAUGCAUUCAUUGUUAUUGCCCAAACAAUUGUCGGUAUUGGAAGUGGUAUGAUGGAUAUUCCAAUUACUGUCGCUGUCCAGUCCUCCGUUCCGCACAAUGAUCUUGCCAUGGUCACUGCAUUAUAUCAGCUUGGUGGUUCCAUUGCUGCCAGUAUCGGUUCCACAAUGUCUGGUGCUAUCUGGAAUAACAUGCUUCCCCAAGAACUUGCCAGGCAUGCUCCUGAUGUAGACAUUCUUAAAGUGAUCGGCAGUGUAGAAUAUGCACAAAACCUUCCUGACGAGCAACAUUCUGGCGUUGUGCUUGCCUAUGCUGAAACGCAGCGCGUUCUCAACAUUAUCGCCUUGUGUGUUUCCGUCCUUACAUUUGCAUUCACUUUACCAAUGAAGUCAUUUGGCUUGAGUGAAUACAUGAAUAAGCAAUCUGCUGCAGACGCUGAAGAAAAGAGUUGUGACAACUGCGAAGAGAAGACAGAGCACGAAGACCACUCAGUUACAGGUACAUAAGCUGAAAUAGCAUGUGACAUAUGUACAAAUACAAAAGAAGAUAAAAGCCUUUAAUUCUUGUCAUAAUACUCAUUCUCUUUUAGAAACCAUUGCCCGAGAUUUAUCGAUCCCUGAGAAAACGGCAGCCGCAAUGUGAUUGCAACAUUUUCUGUAUUCUUUCUGCAUUCUUCCUUGUUUAUCCAUAGCUAGAUAUUUAUGCAUGCUUUAUGAUAUGAUGUUAUGCUUUCCAUCAUGCGUACAUCUUCACAAGCCAUCUGUUCGACAUUUUGUUUAUGAAAAAUAUUUAUUGCAAAUUAAUAAAUCUCAAAACUCUAAAAUAUACG